UCAGUCAGUGAUUUGCAGGUGGAUCAGACGCUGUAACAAACCAUGUAUCUCCUGUUGUUGGUCGGUGUGGUUCUGGGAGCUUACAUCAUCCUCACACAGACUCUCUUCAAAAGAUCCAAAUGUAAAGGAAACGCAGCGAUGGCCGGGAAGACCGUCAUCAUCACAGGAGGCAACACCGGCAUCGGUAAAGCCACGGCUCUGCACCUGGCCAGGAAGGGAGCCAGAGUGAUCCUGGCCUGUCGUAACCGGGACAAGGCCGAGGCUGCUAUCAGAGAUAUACAACAGGAUACAGGAAGUACUGAUGUGCUCUACAUGCAGUUGGACCUGGCCAGUCUGAAGUCCGUCCGCUGCUUUGCCAAAACGUUCCUGAAAACUGAGUCCAGGCUGGACCUGCUCAUCAACAACGCUGGUCUGGUAGCUGACGGGCGGACGGAAGACGGCUUCGGCAUUGGGUUUGGGGUGAACCACCUGGGUCACUUCCUGUUGACCUGCCUGCUGCUGGAUCGUCUGAAGGAGGCGGAGGAAGCUCGAGUGGUCUCUUUGUCCUCCAUGGCUUACCGCUGGGGACACAUCGACUUCAAUGCUCUGGAGGCAAACGGACACCUGGGCACCGGCAGGUACAGCUGGCAGUUCUUCCACGCCUACUGCAACAGUAAACUGUGUAACAUGCUCUUCACCCACGAGCUCGCCAAGAGGCUGAAAGGAACCAACGUCACCUGCUACAGCGUCCACCCAGGUGUUGUUCGGACCGAGCUUUCACGUAAUGUCAGCCUGUGGCAGAAGGUUUUCAUUGAGCCCAUUGCCCAGCUGCUGUUCCUGGACCCGGAGGCCGGAGCUCAGACCACUCUGCACUGCUGUCUGCAGGAGGGAAUCGAACAUCUGAGCGGACGUUACUUCUCCUGCUGUGCCGUACAGGAAGUAUCUGCGCGGGGCCGAGACGACGCUGCGGCCCGGAAACUGUGGGAGGUCAGCGAAAAGCUCUGUGGACUCUCUAAAGGUGGAAUAACCACGAAGGACUUUUAAGAUCAUUCUCUGUCUUAAAUGGAUUGUUAAGUCAGUGAGCUAUGAACUGUCCCUCUGCUGAAAGCGGUUUACUCUGGGGUGAUAAGUUUGUCUUGUCUAUACUUUUUUAGACCUGUAUGUCUGUCGAGCUGAGCUGCAGACCACGCCCUUUUUUCCCUGGUUGUGGUGCUUAGCUGCAGUCAGCUAGUUAGUCACCAGGUGGGAGGGAUCUGGUAAUUAGGAGAUUUGGAGUCAUUCACAGGAUAGAAAGCAGGCUGGGAAGAUGUGUUGAGGAACUGGAAAAAAAUGAGACUGCAGGACUAAAGCUUGUCUGAACGAGGAAGGAGUCGGUGAGCGUUUGUUUGUUUGUGAAAUGUGGUGGAUUUUAAUAUUAAAGUGAAUCAUGUAAUUAUAUUUAGGAAAAAAAUGUUUGUAUAAAACCAUGUGUUUGAAUUGUAAACUAAAGUGUUGUACAUUUAACAUCAUGGAGAUUUGAAGCAUGGUUAAAAGUAAUGUAUUGUAAAGUUUAAAAGGGAAAAACUGUAAGUGUAGGAUUGUGUUGUAGAGGGUUAAAGUUGUUAGGAUUUAAAAUUAAAUUAUGUGAGCAGUGAUUUAAAAUAAGUAUUUUGAUGUUGGAUGGUGAUGUUUAUUAUGGUUACCUGAGUUUAUU